AGGGUAUAAAGAGCCGAAGCUCGAUCUGUUAGUGCGCAUUUUGUGCUUCAUGUGUCCCUUAUACGGAUCGUAUAUAAUUAUUAUUUUCAUCGAUUUCUGAUCUAACCGUAACGUUCAAACGCGAUCAUCAUAGUUCGAAACUCGUUGUUCGUGAUCUUGUUUACUGAUUUUUAAAUAAAUAAUAAGAAAAAGAUCCGCGUGAUAAAACAACGUCACCCUUCAAUUUCUGAUUCUUCUGCUUCUGUUUGAAUUAGAAAAAGAAAAACCUAAAUUAUCUCCAAGAUGCCUCUAUCGGAAUUUCGCAAGAAGAAGUUGCUUUACGUCUUCAACGCCUUUUUCGAUGUUAACCAAAGCGGUGCCAUCGAUAAGAAAGAUUUCGAUCUGGCUGUACAGCGGAUCUGCAAUUCCAGACAUUGGAGUGCCGAUAAUCCGAAAACAACGCAAACGAAGGAUACCUUGUUGAAAAUAUGGGAAAGUUUGCAACAACGAGCCGAUUCCGAUCAAGAUGGACAAAUCAGUCGAGACGAGUGGUAUUCUAUGUGGGAAGAUUACGCUAAGGAUCCAGCAAACGCACAUGAUUGGCAACAAACUUACAUGAAAUUUAUGUUUGAUCUGGAAGAUUCCUCAGGUGACGGAUCAAUCGAUGAGAACGAGUUUAGCAACGUUUGUCACAGUCAUGGAGUACAGGAGGCUGAAGCUCGUGAUGCUUUCAAAAAAAUGGGGGUGGGUAAUGAAGUAACACGAGACAAGUUUUAUGAGCUUUGGAAACAAUACUUCACCUCUGACGAUCCCAACGCACCUGGAAACUUUAUAUUCGGAAAGACCUCGUUCUAACCGUCCUUUCGCUUCGGAUUUGUUACACGACAUUUAUUAUUAUUAUUAUUAUUAUUAUUAUUAUCUUUUCGUUAUCAGCACGCCGAAAUAUGUACGCUAUCAAUAAUUAAUUGAGUAAUUAGUUUUUUUUUUAUACGCGAUAUGACUCGCGUAGUA